AUGGCACUGUCGACCGCUAUAACAUCAGAAAAUUGUUCUUCGUCUGUGGCGCUAGCUGAAACUGCGGCACACAUAGCGAUCCACAAUUUCAGAUGGCAAUACCCAUCACUCAUUCUGUUUAAUACAACUCUUAUGUGUGGAGUUAAUGCUUUUAUUGGAUCAUAUAACAAAACGGUAAUCAUCGGCCAAAGUACUUUUAAUCCUUGGUUCAUCGAAAAUACGAAGCAAUUUGUGCUGUUCUUGGAUAAUAUCGAUGCCCUUAUUAUUAUGCUGGAAUGGUUGAAAAUCCAGCGAUUUAAUAAUACCGGAAAGUAUUUGGUCAUAUGUAACUCGGCCGAACAGAACAAUUGCGAUGAAUAUCGAGCUGUAAGUUUAUUUUGGCAAUACCAAAUAGCCAAUAUUAUUUUAAUGAAAUAUAAGUUCCAGGAACCAAACGGUUUUACAUAUUUUCUAGACGUAAGUUGUCUUAACAGUCCCCCUUCAAAAUUGGACAGAUGGGAUGCAUGUUUUCAAAACAAAAAUGAGGAGAGUUGUUCAGAUAUAUUUCCACUUAAAUUCAAAAAUUUACAUGAAUGUCCAUUGAUAGUUUCCUCAUUUGAACAAGAACCGUAUAUGACUAUUAACGAUGGAAUACCAAGCGGAGCCGACGGCGAUUUGCUUCGUGUUAUCAUCCAGGCUCUAAAUGCAAAGCUUACUAUUAUGACACCACGGAUAGGUACUGGUUGGGGAAAAUUAGAAGAAAAUGGGACAUGGAGUGGCUCUCUUGCGGAUAUUUACUAUGACUGGGCAAACUUUUCUAUGACUUCUGCCAGUUUAACUCUUCGAAGGUUUAUGCAUUUUCAAAUAUCUACUAGCUACAAAAGUGUUACCCUCGCCUGGGUGACUCAUCCGUCUGGAUUGGAACCCGCGUCGUUUCGAUUAUUGAGACCUUAUAAUGUUCGAGCAAGACGAGGUCUUCUCAUCCUCUUAGCCCUUGUUUGUAUAAUAGCUAUUUUCUUUAAAAUCCUGAAAGUAAAAUUGAAUAUGCCUGAUAUUCCUGACAAUAUACUUUUCCAUUCUUGGGAAAUAUGCAUGGGAUUACCGGCCACGAGAUUGCCCACCAAGUGGGUUUUAUCAGGUUGUACCAUGCUCUGGAUGUUGUAUUGUUAUUUAAUAAGGACAUUAUACCAAGUCUAUCUUAUAAACUGUUUGCAAACUGACUUUCGCCUCGAAGAUUUAGUGACAAUAGAAGAUGCGAUUGAAGCCGGAUAUCCCUUCGGAGGAGGUCUCGCUCUUAAAGAUCUUUUCAUUGAAUAUCCUCUAAUAUACGAUAAUUGGCAAAAUGUUGAAAGUAGCAAUAUACAUCCCACCCUGGGACAGUUAUCAAAUGGAUUGAAAUUUGUUUUAGCCAUGGAUUAUGAAACAGCCAGAAUGUUUUUGAGGGUACCAAACAGAAAGUUACAUAUUUUACCACAUAAAAUACUGAAUAGCCCAACUGUUAUAUUUUUUAAGAAAUAUUCCUGGUUGGCACAGUCGAUCGACACUAUACUUACGCGUCUAAUUGAAUCCGGAUUGUGUGAUAAAAUUUACAAGGAUAACACUUUCAUAAAAAUAAUUGACGACAGUGAUGCUGCAAAAGUUAUUAAUAUCGAUGCAUUUAAGGGCUGCUACUUCAUUCUAUUGUGUGGAUGGACUAUUGCUUCCAUAGCAUUUGUUAUAGAAAAGUAUAUUUAUUCAAGAAAAAAACGUUAUCAUAAAUUCUGUUAA